AUGAUGAAGGACGACAUGGCGAGCAGCGUCCGCAUCCCGUCGGUCUUCAUCUCGUACGCGUCUGGCGAGUGGCUUCUGGCCGCCAGGAGUCGAGCUGCUCCCUGGAAUCCGCUGCGGAUCACGCUCGAUAGUAAUGGAGAACUACCGCAAGCAUCGACGUCCAAUCGCUUGUUGAAGCGCGUGAUCGCCUACAUUUUCCUCAUUUCGAUCGUCUGCGCGUUCUCCAGUGGCCUCAGUUUGCUAUCAUCGGCGAUUUUCCAGUGGGUGGGCAGGACGCGACGAACGCGUGCAGCCAAGCAGUUGCCGAUCGCUAAGUACGAGCGCAACAUGCAACGCACUCUACUGGAACACUUGUUGGAAGAGCAAUUCGUGCUUGAUCGCAUCCCACUCGCUGAGAUCGAAGACGUUUCGAAGUCAAGCGACCGACAUACGGAGACGGAACCAGUUUUCAGUCAUACUGAGAUACCGACAAGCUCGCAGGAGACGGGACAUGCCGUCUCUGAUGAUAUUUAUCUCGAGAAAGAAGAAGAAAAGGAAACGCAGCAAAAAGAAGAGCUGCAGACGGACGGAGUUGCGUAUCGGAGCUCGACCGACUUGGAGGCAGAGACGUGUCCGAUUUGUCUGGACGACUUUGAAGACGGAGCAGAUGUUAAAGUUCUGCCGUGCCAACACUUUUUCCACGUCGACUGCAUCAACCCGUGGCUCGAAGGUCGAAGUGGACGCUGUCCACUGUGCAAACAAGACGCUAUUGCCACAAUUGCUGGCGCCUCGAAGAAGAUCUUUGGGUUUCCGUUGCCUCGUGUCGACCAAAUUCUUCAGCAGGAACAUUGGGUCCACACGUUCUUCCUCAUGUUGCCUGCCAGUUUUAUCAGCUGCCUAAUUGUCAACGCCGCCGCCUCCAUCAUCGGCACUAUGUGGCCUUAA